GGAGCCGAACCUCCGUCACAUUCUCGCCUCUUCUCGCUCCGCACGCACUUUGCUCGCCGUCGACGCGCACUUGGCGGACCUCUCCACCCGGGACUCGUACAAGCUUCGUCCCGGACGGACUUCGGCGGCCUUCCCACGCUGAAAAGAAAGAAAAGGAAGACGUGUUUUUUGCUGUGGAUUUACUGUCUUGCGUGCGAUGAACUUUGCCAGAAGAAAAGUGCGAGACUAGAAGUUUGGAUUACUGCGCGACUUGGAAGGAUUUUUCCCCACUUUGGAUCUUAGCAACUGGCUGCUUGAUGGAUUGGAGCCUCCGGACUACUUUUAGGUUCUCCGAUGCACGCCAAGUCCACGGUGAAUGUCGGAAGUGGUGAUCCCCCCAGAUGGAGCUCCAAAGUCAACACGGCCCCGGCGGUUCGUUAGCGCUGAUCCGGCAGCCUUCCCAGAGGUCGGAUUACGAGCGGGACUUCCAGCAUGCCGCCAUCCUCUCCCUGGACCAGAUCAAGGCCAUCCGCUCCAGCAACGAGUACACGGAGGGGCCCUCGGCUGCGGCGCGGCGGCCCCCGGCGCCCCGCAUGCCGCCCAGGCCCCGGGAGAAGCAGGAGAGGACUCACGAGGUCAUCCUGGUGAAUGUGAACAACAACUAUGAGCGCCGGGGGUCCGGGCACCACCACCACCACCAUGGUGGUCCCCGGGUGCCGGGGCUGAGUCGCUCCACCAGCACGGGGAGCGCCGCCAGCUCUGGGAGCAACGGCAGCGCCUCCUCCGAGCAGGGACUCCUGGCUCGCUCGCCCCCCGCCAGGUUGGGCUCGGAGCGGCCCGUGCGGACCCAACCCAAGCCGAGCGCCCUAUUCCCCCCGCCCCCGCUUAAACCGGACUCCGCCAAGGAGGCCUGGGCGCCCGCCGCCGGGCACCAGUUCAUCUGCGAGCGCUGCGGCAAGUGCAAAUGCGGCGAGUGCACGGCGCCCCGCGCCCUGCCGGCGUGUCUGGCGUGCGGCGGGCAGUGCCUGUGCUCGGCGGAGAGCGCCCUGGAGCACGGCACCUGCAUGUGCCUGGUGAAGGGCGCCUUCUACCACUGCUCCAACGACGACGAGGGCGACUCCUGCGCCGACCACCCCUGCUCGCCGUCGCGCUCGCACUGCUGCCCGCGCUUCCUCUGCAUGGGGCUGAUGUCGCUGCUCUUCCCCUGCCUGCUGUGCUACCCGCCCGUCAAGGGCUGCCUGCGGGCGUGCCAGGGCUGCUACGACCGCGCCAAGCGCCCCGGCUGCCGCUGCAAGAACUCCAACACCGUGUACUGCAAGCUGGAGAGCUGGGCGCCGCGCAAGCCCUCCUGAUCGCCGCAAAAGACGACACGGGCGAAUGUUUACGGAACAUUCCGAGGAGCAACCACUCGAGUCUUCUCUCCUGGAUCCGGGUUUUACACACCAGUGUUUGCCUUAAGCCCCGCCCCCUCCUCCUCUCACCUGUGAAGGACCAUCUUGUCGGCCAUGAUGUAGCUAACAGCAGCUGACGUUGCAUUAUUGCAAUAUUACCUUCCCUUCUGUACAUUAAGCUGAAACAAAACACCCAUAAGAGGAAAUAAUUCUGGCUAUUUUUCUCUCUCCAAAUGUUUUUUUUUUGUCGUUGUUGUUGUACAAAAUAUUUAUUAUGUGAAGCUCUAUUAUUUUAUGAUAUUUAUUGCAAGAGACAGUCUUAAAUGUUACUCCAUUAUAACAAGAACUAUCGAAUACUUAGUGAACGAGGGCGGCACAAAAGCAAAAAAAAGUAUGUUAACUUUAAUGCAGAAAAAUAUAUGAAUGGAAAAAAAAGGAGCACUGUGUUUGUCUUG